GAUGGAGUGUGUCCUCUCUCAGAUGCCGUACAAAACGGUGUAAGGCACCUCUAAAAAGGAUCAUGUACAAGGUGGCAGGGCUGGCAGCCACGCCUGGGGCUCUGGGGCUGUUGUCAGUGACAGUGUUUGCUGCCACCGAGGACAAGAAUGAUCCCACCUUGAGGACUGAUGAGCUGUCCCUCUACACCACGCCGCAGCAGAAGUUCCGGUACGUGGAGCCCGAGGCGGGGCAGCUGGAGCAGGGUGUGUCGCAGUUGCGGAAAGCCGCCGAGCCGUACACAACCUGGUGUCAGCAAACUGGCCUUGCUGUUGCAGAAAAAGUUCAGGGUGUCUACGGAGAGCUGAAGCCCAAGGUGGAGAGCACCAUCCAGUUUGGGAAAGAGAGCUAUGACUACCUGAGAGACCCUCCCUCUGGAUUCUACCCCCGGGUUGGUGUCAUUGGUUUUGCAGGCAUCCUUGGACUCUUUUUUGCCAGAGGCUCCAGGAUUAAGAAGCUGAUCUACCCCACAGGCCUGAUGGCUCUGGCAGCCUCCAUGUACUACCCCCAGCAGGCUGCCUCGAUUGCCAAGGUGACAGGAGAUACACUGUACGAGUGGAGCCUGCAGGGUUAUGUUACCAUGGAGUCUCUGUGGAAGGGCAAACCCACUACUAAGCAGCUGAAAGAGAAGUCUGAGAAAGCAGAGGAAAAGCCUCAGGACAGCAGCGACGCGAACAGAGGCUAGAUGCUGAGUGUAGCAGGUAUACAGGUUCAGCACUUCCAGACGUCCCCAGGAGCUCGUGUGAUAGGUUGCUAACGGAGUUCCAUCUGCCAUUGUUACACAAGCAUUCUCUCUGCUCUUGCACUAGCCCCUCCCUCCCUGUCUGUCACUGUACCAAUGGGGAUGGGGCCUGUCACAGAUGCGUGAAACUUGAAAUAACAUACUACUGCUUUCUGGUUCCCCUUUUAAUUGAAUGUAAUUGUGUAAAGAAGUAAAACAAAAAGCUGUUCAACCAAGCCAUUUUUUUCUCCAGUGAUAUUUCUUCCUGUCAAGACUGAACUGACCAAGCAGGUUGGUUACAUUUUCCAUCUACACACUAGCUGGGACUGGGCUCUCCUGUGACCUUUUAGCGCUAUCAGCAUGAACAGUAAACAAUGUGAAUAAGCCUGAUUAGGUGCACAAAUCACGGUCUCUUUCUCCUCAUCACACAGAGACCACAGCAAUCGAGUGUCUAACCUCAAAGGUAGUGCCCAGCAUGUUCUCUGGGGCCAGCUUUUAUUGUGACAGAAAUGAAACCCCUUCAGACUCUUUAAAAAAUGCUGGUGUGCUUAAAGCAAUAUGUGUGUGAAUGUAUUUUUUUUCUCAGC